ACCGCGGACACAAGAGAUGCAAGCAAAUAAGCAAAAACUGUUAUCAUCGUUAGUAGAAGGAAACAAAUAUGUAUAGAGCGUUAGUAGUGUCAUCUGAUUGAUUGGCAGACGAAAUUAUACAGAACACUUGCCUCAAGUUCAAGUUGUUAGGCCUGUGCCUGGGGCAUCUACAGAAUACCACAGCAGAAUGCAAACUUAUUAUACAUAAAUGAAGGUGAAAAAGCAAAAAAAAAAAACGAACAAACUAAAACCAUGUUACGACAUCUUCUCAAAGCUAACGCUUGUUACGAAUGAGCGGCAGAAUAGUGUUGAAUGAUGAGGAUAGAUCCAAGUAGGCACUUGUAAAGGAACAGAGAUGGUGCGCCAUCACUAGCCGCAAAUCGUUAAAUGGACAACCAGUAAAGCAACUUAAACAAACAAGAGUUUAACAAACAUACAUUCUCUUACUGUAAUCAUCUGCGAUCCUUUAUCGCAAAACAAGACAAAAAAGCCAACUAAUUUCUUCAACCUAACGAGAUACGCGCGCAAUGAUAUCCAGUUAAAAAGGGAAAUCAGGGAUCGCGGUAUCUAUAACACGGUUCUAACAGAGCAAAUAAAACAACACACAAUUCACUACCCAAAAAGGCAUCACACGAUCGUAUUGCUACCUAAACUCGUUCUAGUAAGUACACACGACAGCUGAGUGCACAAAAUGCAUUUAAAGUACCGUUGCUGCAGAGACCUUUUCUUUUCGUUAGAAAGCAUAGCCCUAGUAAGAAGAAAGCGAAUUAAAAAAGACUAAACGAUAAACCCACAUUCAUUCUUCUUAUCCUGUCCAAAAGCAUCGCAUCGUGAUAUUAGGUCGCGAGCGAAUGGCAUAGUUUCUCAGAAGCCGCACUGCUGCAACUCAAUACCAAUGAUGGAAAACGAAUAAAAAAGAAACCUCCCAACACAAAAACAAAAACAACACCACACACCCAUACAGAUACGCGUGCGCAUGUAAACUUUUAAAAACGAAACUUUGUACACUUUCCGCUAACCCCCCUAUCCCUUUCUCCUGGUUAACAAACGGAAAUAAACUCCGAGACAAACG